GUCUGUACUCGUGUGCGGAGUUCCUUGUCAAACCAUAUUUGAAUCCGGCCCCAAGAUUUUUCUGCAAAAUUCUCUGCAAAAAUGUCAGAAAAGGAAAACCCAAGAUGUUUCUUUGACCUUUCUAUCGGUGACGAGAGAGUGGGUAGAAUAGUCUUUGAAUUAUUUGCUGACAAAUGCCCCAAGACUGUCGACAACUUUCGGGCUUUAUGUGUUGGAGACAAAGGAAAUGCAUCUAAAUCUGGGAAACCACUUCAUUACAAAGGCUGCACCUUUCACAGAAUUAUUAAAGGUUUCAUGGUACAGGGAGGAGAUUUCACCCACGGUGAUGGAACUGGUGGAGAAUCUAUCUAUGGUGAAAAGUUUGAGGAUGAAAACUUGGAAUUGAAGCAUGAUAAAUCUGGCUUACUAUCAAUGGCAAAUGCUGGCAAAGAUACAAAUGGUUCACAGUUUUUCAUUACAACGGUACCAACACCACAUCUUGAUGGAAAGCAUGUUGUCUUUGGUAAAGUCAUCAAGGGAUGGAGUGUUGUUGUUGAACUUGAAAAUACACCUGUGGAUGAGAGUAAACCUAGAAAGCCAUGUGUUAUUGAUGACUGUGGUGAACUGCAACCAGGGGAAGAUGAUGGCAUUUGUGUUGAUGAUGGAACAGGAGACAAGCUUCCACAUUGGCCAAGUGACUCUGAUCUGGAUUUCAGUAAGCCAGAAGAAGUAUUAGCUGCAGCAGAGGUACUGAAGGGGAUAGGAAAUGAACAGUUCAAGGCCCAAAAGUACGAACUAGCCAAAAACAAAUACACCAAGACACUGCGCUAUCUUAAUCACUCUGAUUCCGAUGGAGAAACAACCUCAAGUGAUGAGGAAGUAGAAAAAGCAGAAAAAGUAAAGAAAGAAAAUAUACAAGAGGAGAAAAUACAAUCCCUGACAAUAAGUUGCCUUUUAAACAGAGCCUUUUGUCAAAUUAAGCUGGGAGACCAUGGAGAAGCAGUAGCUGAUUGUAAUAAGGUGCUGGAUGUAGACGAUAAAAAUGUAAAAGCUCUCUAUAGAAAAGGACAGGCUUACAUGAACAUGAAGGACUUUGAUCAGGCAAUGGUUGGUUUCCAGGCUGCUGCUAAAUUGGAACCCAAUGACAAAAGCAUAAAGAACGAGAUGGCAAGACUAAAAAAGUUGAUGGAGGAGCAUCGCAACAAAGAAAAACAAAUCUAUUCAAAGAUGUUCGGCAAAUGACCAAAACUCCUUAUGUUUGCUAAACUUCACCUUUUAAACUCCCCU